AUGACUUUACAAACAGUAAUCUUAAGGUUACUGUUAGUAUGGCUGACCAUUAGCUUUGGUCAACGACCAGUAAUGGGAUCUGCAGUAAAAACCAAACCAGCCAUUUUGGCUGCGGCCCCUCUUUCAGUCAAGAAAGAUCUUUUGAUGAAUUUGGAAUGCAAACCUGAAGAGGUGUCACACUAUCACUAUCAAGGGAAGGGCAUGCUCUGGGGGCAACAAAGAAAUCACAUACUAAUUUCGGCCGAGCUCUAUGUCCGCUGCUUGGGUCAUGACAGUGAAGGUCAGUACAACGACACAGCCCUUCUCUAUUUGAUGAAGCUAAGAAACGUUUCUUCCGAGGUCUCAGAAAGAAACGAAAUCGUGGAAGAUCAAGAAAUCGAAGAAAGCAGUGAGAAAACUGAAAAUCUCUUUGCUGAUUCCGGAGAUCCGAUUUUCAGAUGA